AAAGUUUAACAGUCCUUUCCCACUUGGGGCGACACGCAGCCUCCGAGACUCAGAUCAGGGCAAAUAAGCCCUUUAGUCUCCUUCGUCGCUGUGCAUUGUGGGACCCAAGAUGGCAGCCGCCUGCGCUAGGACCCUGGGUAAGGUCGGCUGGUGUCUGUUGGAAUCUCCAGGAGCCCGCCGGUCCGGUACCGUCUCCUACCUGCUGGGGAAAGGGAACGCAAACGGCUCCAGGAGGGCGUUCGGUACCGGUGGGACGGGGGUCCGGUCCAAACUGCUCUCUUCUGUACGGGGAGGAGGAGGCAAGGUGUUGGGUUGCGCCUUCCUGCUCGGUGGAGGUCUGGGUCUGUACCGGACAGCGGCGUUCUCUGUCCAGCAGCACCUGGCGGAGGAAGAGGAGGAGACCACGGUCUCAGGCGGAGGACUGAAGCUGACUCUGUACCAGUACAAGACCUGCCCGUUCUGCAGCAAGGUGCGAGCCUUUCUGGACUACUACGGGCUGCCGUACCAGAUCGUGGAGGUGAAUCCGGUGAUGAGGCAGGAGAUCAAGUGGUCGGCCUACAGAAAAGUGCCCAUCCUGAUGGUGAAUGGUGACGUGCAACUGAAUGACUCCUCUGUCAUCAUCAGCGCCCUCAGGACAUAUUCCAUCAACAAGGAGAAAAGCAUGUCUGAGAUCGUCCGCUCCUACCCGGAGGUGAAGUUUGUGAACGAGAGAGGGAAGGAAGUGACCGAGUACAACAACAAGUACUGGCUGAUGCUGAGCGAGGAUGAAACUGAGAUGAUUUACCCUGAGAAAGGAAUGCAGAAAGAGGAGAUGAAGUGGCGCGAGUGGGCUGACAGUUGGCUUGUGCACCUCAUAUCUCCAAAUGUGUACCGAACUACUGGCGAGGCCCUGGCCUCCUUUGAUUACAUUGUCCGUGAGGGCAAGUUUGGUACUUUCGAAGGCUUCUUUGCCAAAUAUGUCGGCGCUGCAGCCAUGUUCUUCAUCUCCAAACGGCUGAAAAGUCGGCACAACCUGCAGGACGAUGUCAGACAAGAUCUCUACAAGGCCGUCAACGACUGGGUGGCAGCCGUCGGCAAGCAGAGGAGGUUCAUGGGUGGAGAUCACCCCAACCUGGCAGACUUGGCGGUGUUUGGUGUCCUCAGGGUGAUGGAGGGCCUGCAGGCGUUUGAUGACAUGAUGGACAACACCAAAGUCGAACACUGGUACAGACGCAUGGAGAGAGCGACGCUCAACCACCAGGGCCGAAACUGAGGCCGAGCUGAGCGGGUGACGGAGACCACAGGAACACCAAGCGCUUCCAUCCUCACAAAGACAGUGACCGGUAAAGGGAAGCAAGAAGUCCUGCUCGAACGUGAACGUUGACUUCCUGCUCAGCACACGAGUUUAAACCUAUUGAUUUUCAUGAAUGAGUUGACUGCAGACACUGAUGGAGAUGAAGAGAUCGCACACAGAGAAAUACUGCCACCAGAUGUUAAAUUUGACCCUUUAAUGAUGAAGCUGCUCUGCUGGUGAACAACUGGAACUGCAAUAUCAUCAUUAAACCAACGGUUUGUUCCAUGCACAUUGUUUAAGGCACAAUGUUGUUUGUGUGUUUAAUAGUCAGAUACCCUUCAAGGCUCCUGUGCAGAUGUGGAAACAUCUGGAAAAUGUCUUUACACAUUUCCAGGUGUAAACUUGUGUCACGACAGGACACAAGGAGGAGAAAACAGUUUGUUCCUCACCAUGAUCAAAAAACUGGUGUCAUUUGGUAACUGAUGUAUUUCACAUAUUUUAUUUCUUGUUAAAAAUGUAAAGUUCCAGCUCGUCUCCACGCAGAUGAUUUAUGGAACAGAACGAUCUCUCUACUGUAGUCGUGUUGGUAUUUCUAUAGAUUUUGCUCCGAUUUUUGCUGUUUUCCCUCAUAAAUAUUGAAGUUUUAGAGCUUAGCUGCUUCUUAAAGUAGAAACUGGUUAGAGAAAGAAGUGGCUAAGAGUCCACACUGCACCAGAGCCCAGUCUGAGGAAACAGUUAAACUGAGAACGUGGGAACCCUGUGCAAACUGUCCUCUGUGCACUCAGGUCAGAGUCCAUGUUGAUUUAACAUCACAGCGGGUUUGACUUGGAAACGAGUUAUUUUGAUUCUCUUCUUCCAUGAGUUCCGGUUGUCAUUCUAUUUAUUUCAGAUGAUUGUGUAGCUGACGCAGGAUCAGUCCAGCAGUGAAGAGUCAAUGAGCUCAGCUCCUUUUGUGGGGCAAAAUAAAAUCAGACCUACUGAGCUGCUUGUUUGGAUGUAUUAAUGUGCAAACUGCAAAGGUUUCUGAAUUAGCUGCAUUAAAACCAACUGAGUGUG